AGUUGCGGGGGGUGGGGAGAUGAUGGCUGGUCUGCUCGGCUGUGCUGCAGCCAGGCCGCCAGAGGGCGCGGCCUGGCCAGCGCAGCGGAGGCUGCAGGGCUCCGGCGGCAACGUAAUCAGCCCCCGUGACCCACCUGUGACUGUCGGCCGGGCCCGAAGUGGGGGAGCCGGCCGGGUGGCGGCGGGGCCGCAGCAGCAGCAGCAGCAGCGACAACGGCCUCCUCCUCCUCCUCCUCGCCAUCACCACCCGCACCAUGUGGCUGGCGCCCGAGGAGGUGCUGCUGGCCAACGCGCUGUGGGUCACCGAGCGGGCCAACCCCUUCUUCCUGCUGCAGCGGCGGAGGGGCCACGGCAAAGGGGGCGGCCUGACGGGUCUGCUUGUGGGAACCCUUGAUGUGGUUUUGGACUCCAGUGCUAGAGUUGCGCCUUAUAGGAUCUUGCACCAGACACAGGAUUCUCAAAUCUAUUGGGCAGUGGCAUGUGGCUCAUCUCGUAAGGAAAUCACAAAGCACUGGGAAUGGCUUGAAAAUAACUUGCUCCAGACUCUCGCCAUCUUUGAUAAUGAAGAAGACAUCACUACUUUUGUCAAGGGCAAGAUACAUGGCAUUAUUGCUGAGGAGAAUAAGAAUCAGCAACCUCAGGGGGAAGAAGAUCCAGGUAAAUUUAAGGAAGCAGAACUGAAGAUGCGGAAGCAGUUUGGAAUGCCUGAAGUAGAGAAGCUGGUAAACUAUUACUCCUGCAGCUACUGGAAAGGACGUGUCCCCAGGCAAGGCUGGCUGUAUCUGACUGUUAACCAUCUCUGUUUCUAUUCCUUCCUUUUGGGCAAAGAAGUGACCUUAAUAGUCCAGUGGGUGGAUGUAACUCAGCUGGAGAAGAACGCCACUCUCCUGUUCCCUGAAUGCAUCAAAGUGAGUACUAGGGACAGUGAGCUCUACUUCUCUAUGUUCCUCAACAUCAACGAGACCUUCAAGUUGAUGGAACAGCUAGCUAACAUUGCCAUGCGGCAGCUACUUGAUAAUAAAGGUUUUGUGGAGGACACAUUGCUUCCCAAGCCCAGCAAACCUUUCAAGAAUAUCUCAGCACUCAAGAGAGAUCUCGAUGCUCGAGCCAAAAAUGAGUGGUACCGUGCUACUUUCCGAUUACCUAAGGAUGAACGUCUUGAUGGACACACAGAUUGUACUUUGUGGACUCCAUUCAACAAAAUCCAUAUCCUUGGCCAGAUGUUCGUUUCCAACAACUAUAUCUGCUUCGCUAGCAAGGCAGAGGAGGCCUGUCACCUCAUAAUUCCACUCAGGGAGGUCACAAUUGUUGAGAAAGCUGACAGUUCCAGCGUCUUGCCUAGUCCACUGUCCAUCAGCACCAAAAGCAAAAUGACCUUCCUUUUUGCCAACCUGAAAGAUCGGGAUUUCCUGGUACAGAGGAUCUCUGACUUCCUGCAGAAAACUCCAUCCAAGCAAUCAUGUGGCAAUGGCGGAGGACAGAAGAAGAGCUUUGAUGAUCAUGCAUGUGAGGAAAUCCCAGCACUGUCUCCCAGCAGCCCACCUGCAGCCAGUCCUGCCUCUCCUCUCAACAAUCAGCUAGCCAAUUUUUGCACUGAUGAGGUACCAACAGCAUCCCAGGGACUACUUAAACUGUUUGGGACCAACUCUGAGGAAUUCUUUGGAGCAAAAGGGGCAAAAGAGAAGAUGAAGGAAGAGUCAUGGAACAUUCAUUUUUUUGAAUAUGGGAGGGGAAUGUGCAUGUAUCGGACCGCCAAGACCCGUGAACUGGUGUUAAAAGGGAUCCCAGAGAAUCUUCGUGGAGAGCUGUGGCUCCUAUUUUCAGGGGCAUGGAACGAGAUGACCACUCAUCCUGGGUACUACACAGAUUUGGUAGAACAGUCAAUGGGAAAAUACAGCCUUGCUACAGAAGAAAUUGAAAGAGACCUGCAUCGUUCAAUGCCAGAGCACCCUGCCUUCCAGAAUGAGCUAGGGUUCGCUGCACUUCGUAGGGUACUGACAGCAUAUGCUUUUCGGAAUCCCACCAUUGGGUACUGCCAGGCCAUGAACAUUGUGACAUCGGUAUUGCUUCUGUACUGUAAUGAGGAAGAAGCUUUUUGGCUCCUUGUGGCCCUGUGUGAAAGGAUGCUGCCAGAUUACUACAACAGCAGGGUGGUUGGUGCAUUGGUGGAUCAGGGCAUCUUUGAGGAACUGACACAUGACUGCCUUCCCCAGCUGUCUGAAAAGAUGCAAGAGCUAGGAGUCAUCUCCAGUAUCUCACUCUCUUGGUUCCUCACCCUCUUCCUCAAUGUCAUGCCUUUUGAAAGCGCUGUGGUCAUUGUUGACUGUUUCUUCUACGAAGGCAUCAAGGUCAUCUUGCAGAUGUCGCUGGCCAUACUGGAUGCCAACAUGGAGAAGCUGCUAAAUUGCUGUGAUGAAGGCGAGGCCAUGACUGCCUUGGGCAGGUACCUAGACAAUGUAGUGAAUCGACAAAGUGUUUCUCCGCCUAUCCCCCACCUCCACGCCUUAUUGACAAGUGGAGAUGAUCCGCCAGUGGAAAUUGAUAUCUUUGAACUUAUAAAAACAGCCUAUGAGAAAUUUGGCCACUUAAAAGCUGAUGAUAUUGAACAGAUGCGGUUUAAGCAAAGAUUGAAGGUGAUCCAUUCUUUAGAGGACACGGCCAAGAGAAGUGUGGUCCGAGCUGUAUCUGGUGAUAUUGGUUUUUCUAUGCAAGAAUUAGAAGACCUUUAUGUAGUAUUUAAGGCAAAACACCUGAUGAGCUGCUACUGGGGCAAUCACACUGCCGCUGCCCGUCGAGACCAGAGCCUGCCCUACUUAGAGCAGUACUGCAUCAAUGCAGAGCAGUUCAGAGAGUUAUUUGCUUCUCUUACCCCUUGGUCUUGUGGCCCCCACACACCAGUGCUGGCAGAAAGAAUGUUCCGACUCCUGGAUGAGAACAGAGAUGCAUUAAUUAACUUCAAGGAGUUUGCAACAGGGAUGAGUGGAAUGUAUCAUGGUGAUCUGACAGAGAAGCUAAAACUCCUUUACAAACUACAUCUACCUCCAGCUCUGAGCCCAGAGGAAGCAGAAUCUGCUCUGGAGGCUGCAAGUUUCUUCACAGAUGAUAAUGCUACAACAGAAGUAUCUCCUUUUGUCUCAGAACUGGAUCUCUUCCUGCACUGUGACUCUCAAGACGCAGCUGUGCAGGAAGACAAAGCAGCAAGAAAUGGGAACUCCAAAGACCAAGAGGAUAAGGGUGCAAGCCCCCAGGAUUAUAAAUAUCACCUGCGAAUGUGGGCCAAGGAAAAAGAUUCCAAAAAAGAAACUAUCAAGGAUCUGCCUAAAAUGAGUCAGGAGCAAUUCAUAGAGCUGUGCAAGACCCUAUACAACAUGUUCAGUGAAGACCCCGUGGAGCAAGAGUUGUAUCAUGCCAUUGCCACAGUUGCCAGCCUUCUCCUGCGCAUUGGGGAGGUGGGCAAAAAGUUCUCCCACCAGCCUGCUAAGAAAGCUGAUGAUUGCAAAGCAAACCACACUCAGGAUCCAGUAAGUGAAGAAGAGUCUCCCACAUCUGAACAGAGUCAAAAUUCAACUGUGGAGCGAUAUCCCCAAGCUACCCCAGAAGCUUCUGGGGAUAUUCAGGUUGACACACACCAACAGGAAAAUCAGAUUUUUGUGGAUGGAAGUGGUGAGGGUCCGGGAUCUCCCAUACAGCUGCUGUCAGAUGAUGAAACCAAAGACGAUAUGUCCAUGUCUUCAUACUCCAUGGUCAGUACGGGCUCUCUGCAGUGUGAAGAUAUUGCAGACGAUACAGUGCUGGUUGGUUGCGAGGCGGGCAGUUCAGCUGCACGAUAUGGCAGCACCAUUGACACAGACUGGUCCAUCUCUUUUGAACAGAUCUUGGCCUCCAUGCUUACAGAGACCGCCCUCGUUGACUACUUUGAAAAGAAAAUUGACAUUACGCAGAAGAUCAAGGAGCAAAAGAAAGUGGAAAGGCAAAUCAGUUCAUCCAGUGAUUAUGACCUUUCCUCAGUGUCAGGCUGAAUUGAGGGGGGUGGGGAGACCAAGGCUUGGGUAAUAAAUGCAGGAAGGCUAAAAACCUGGCGGAUGGCUGGACAUCUGUUUGUUUGUUUUUUAACCUGCACCUCUAGCUAUCCAACAAUUAAAGUAGCUUCAGCUAAGUUAAGGGACUUAUCACAGUCACGUUUUUAUAUAGAUACCUCCCUGGAGGAUACCUUGCUUGCUGGGCUUACAUUACAUCAAGAGCAUGAAAGCCAUUAGAACCUAAUAGCCCCGGUGGCCUAGAAUUACUGCCGUAAAUUAUGCAUGGGUGCCUCUGUCUGUCUUUCUUUAUUGAAACUUCAUUUCAGUCACACUAUGCUCUACCUUCAUUUGCUUUAGGUUCCUUGGUAUUUGUUCACAAGAAAUGGAGCCUAGUUUGAAUUCCUUCCUUAAUGUCUUUGUCUGCUUCCCUAUGAUGCAAUGUAUCAAAGAGAUCUCCAGCCUACCUAAGAGCCUUGUUAGGAAGUUAGAUGCUACGCAAUUACUUAUCAAACGUAAAGUUAUAGUCCAUUACUCUUGGCAUCCUGCAUCUAGAAUGCACCAGUGUCUUGAGGUUGCUGCUUUCUUUCCCAAGUGAUUUACCAUCCCAGUAGCAUGUGGCUUCAACACCUCCCAAGAAAGAUGCAUAUUAAUAUCCUUUAGCCUGGUUUUAACUCUUCAGUGCCAUGUGUGUGUUUUUAACUUUCCCGAAAGUUUUUUAAAAGGUUUUUUAAAAACUUUCCCUGAAUGUGCACUGAGGAUUGCAACAGUUAUGGAGACUGGGAUGUAAUAAUCCUGAGAAUCACACGACAGUGGUAAGAAUACAGUUUUUGCUGCUUUCAGAAUUAGAUUACUUCUUUUAUCACUUUAAAUGGUACAAGGGAUCCAAGAAGAGCUUCAAUGAACUUGGGAUGUGAAAAAAUUAAUAUUAAUUGUUAAGCCCUGAGCCCACAUCCUAGUAAGUCAGUUGUCAUAGAAUGGAUGCAACACUGGAGAGACUGCUUAAAUUAAUGUGUUCGUUACUAUAGUCAGAAGCAGAUCUACAGGUUUUUCUGUGUGCUAUAACCAGCCACACCUCCAUAGGCAAUACCAGGUAUGCAGGCUGUGUGGUUGUUGUUUUCUUAGGCCUCAUUCCUGCUCACCUGAACCGGCUAUCCUACUGAUUAGAGGGUGGUUCAAAUAUUGUACACCAUACAGCUCUCCCUGAUCCACUACAAUUCAAGCAGUUACUGUAACAGAACUUAAUAUUGUGUGAUGCUUAGACCACCCUGUGUUCCAUAGGCAUUGAGUGUACAGGUGUGGGACGUGACCUCUGCAAAUCAGUUGUGGACCAGAGGGAAACUGGAGCUCCAUUUUGGGAUUGGUAGCUUCCUUGUAGAAAGGCAUUCACCGUCAAGAAGCACCAUUAUGUUUAUGUCUACCUACAUGCUCAUCUCAUUACACAAGUAUCUUAUUCAGCCACAUGAGUUCAAUGAAACUGAAUAUUAGUGUGUGGCUGUUGCUGGACCAGCAGUGAGUGUGGGUCAUGUUCACAGUUCAGCAAGAGGAAGUGUAAAACCCUUGGGUAGAUGUGUAUGAGGAAUACACCACAGUGUAGUAUCCAGUGUUACAACAUUUUUGUGGUGUACCCUCUGUGUAUUCAUACCCAACAUAUGUUUAAGUCUCUGCUUCCUUAGUCAUGUACCUCUGGAGAGCAGACAGUAGAAAAAAGCAUUGCUUUUACUAAUUCUUCAGUAAUUUAUUGUAAUUUUUUUUAAAUACAGAUACAUGUGAUUUUACAUUGUUUUUGUCUGAUCAAUGACGUAUUCAAUAAACAAAAAGAAUUUCACCAUAAA